AUGAAUCUUACCUUUUUCACAUUCUUUAAAGCUAUCUCGCUGAUCUUAAGAUUGGCAAAGCAAAAAUCACAAAAGCGAAUGGAAAUAGAAACUUUACAGAACAAAGUCAAGGCCCUACAGAUCCUUAAUUCAAACUAUGAGCGAAUUGCGGUCGCUAAUUCCUACGCUUUUGACUCUUCAAAUUCUGUUGUAACGGAGCCCACAAAGAUCCAACUCUUUCAGCUCUUCAUGGAGAGUUUAUUUCAGUCAUUUGAUUCGGCCGUUUCUGCGUCCGAAAUGGACCAGCUUUCCAGGCAAAUUAUUACUUGGAUGGAGAUAAGCUGUAAACCAGAGGUAAUUUUUAACGUAGUCUCAACGGUUAGCUGGCGAUUAACCUAUUUUUCCUUCUACGUUUUACUUCUAAUGUGA